CACCCGGGGCCACGCGCGCACACGCACAUACACACACAUCCACUACCCUCUCGCUCACACAGCACGCCUCCUUCGCACAUUUGCACACCCAGACCACAGCGCGAUACACUUCCAGAGUCCCGCUCUGCCUUUGGGGAGCGCAGACAGUAGAGAGGCUGCUGAAGGGCACUGCUUUUCUGAAUCGCGUGCUUCGCUCUCUGGCCAGGCAGGCCAACUGUUCUGACCCGCCCGGAGACCCAGGCCCAGGGCCCAGAUUCUCAAAGAAGACCUGAAAGGGUUUUGGAGCAGGUGCCAAGUGUGAGUGCCUGCAGGCCUGACUCCCAGGGUCCUCUGCUGGGCCAGCAGCCCUGGCGGCCAGAGCACAAGGCCAGCUCUGGACAGGGGCUUGUCAUAGACUGUACAGCAGCAAAGUCAUUGACUGUGGUCACUGGAACUGACUCAAAGAGGCAGUCCAGCUUAAAGAAAGAAAGAAGGAAAAAAAAAAAAAACCCUGCUAGAUGUUGGAUGUAUAGCCAAACACCUGGGUUGGGAUCUGAAUGCAGAAAACAGGCAUGGAAUGCCAGGAAUGCAGCAUUCGUGGCUAAGCUGUGGCCUCCCAGGCAAAUACUUUUGAAGAAUCUGCUGCAUGCCAGGCCUGGGCUGUGCCACUGUGUUAAGAAGAAACCAAGUAGCCAUAGCCACAUGGGGGAGAGUCAUUUCUUCAGGGAAGAUGCAGCUCUAAAGACCAAGAACUCUAGAGCCAGAUGAAUUCCUUAUUCCCAAGAGGAAGCUGAGUGUCCCCCAGGCACCCUUAUCCCUCCUGUUACAUUUGCAUCAUCUCUGCACACCUCCACCCCUGAUGUCUUCCUAGGCUCUCCAAUGUGUCUGGCCCUGACCAAGCCCUGUGCUCUAAGGGUGGCUUGUCUACAAUGUCUUUCUCCCUAACAUCCAGUUCUAAACCCUUCGGGGGAUCAAAGGGCUUCUGGAGGAGGAGGUGACUUUUGGGGCACAACAAACCAAGACGUGUGCUCCCAGAGCUGACUCGGAAGCAGCCCAGCCCCUCUGCAUCCACCCCAGCUGCCCAUGUGUACCAGGCAGUGGGAGGGACAGCCACUGCCAGACUGCCAGCCUGUCCUCUGCUGUGUCUGUGUCAAGAGUGAAUGAAGUGGGAAAACCAGCAAAGCAGUGUACCCUGAAAGAGUUAAAGGUGCAGCCAGCGUCAUCGUCGGCCACCCUCUGGACACAGUCAAGACUCGCCUGCAGGCCGGCGUCGGCUACAGGAAUACCCUCAGCUGCAUCCGCACAGUGUACAGGAGGGAGAGCGUGUUCGGCUUCUUCAAGGGCAUGUCCUUCCCGCUUGCCAGCAUUGCUGUCUACAACUCUGUGGUAUUUGGGGUCUUCAGUAACACGCAGCGGUUCCUCAGCCAGCACCGCUGCCGGGAGCCCGAGGCCAGUCCUCCCCGCACACUGUCGGACCUGCUUCUGGCCAGCAUGGUGGCCGGCGUGGUCUCUGUCGGGCUGGGCGGGCCCGUGGACCUCAUCAAGAUCCGGCUGCAGAUGCAGACACAACCAUUUCCUGACGCCAACCUCAGUUUGAAGUCCAGGGCGGCGGCUCUUGGGGAGCAGCCAGUGUACCAGGGGCCCGUGCACUGCAUUGCAACCAUCGUGAGGAAUGAGGGCCUGGCGGGGCUGUACCGGGGGGCCAGUGCCAUGUUGCUGAGGGACGUCCCGGGCUAUUGCCUCUACUUCAUCCCCUACGUGUUCCUGAGUGAGUGGAUCACACCCGAGGCCUGUGCAGGCCCCAGCCCCUGUGCCGUGUGGCUGGCAGGUGGUGUAGCAGGAGCAAUUUCUUGGGGGACAGCGACUCCUAUGGAUGUUGUGAAAAGUCGACUUCAAGCUGAUGGGGUUUAUUUAAACAAAUAUAAAGGUGUCCUGGACUGUAUCUCCCAGAGUUACCAGAAGGAAGGUCUUAAAGUGUUUUUCAGAGGCAUCACUGUGAACGCGGUGCGGGGCUUCCCCAUGAGCGCGGCCAUGUUCCUUGGGUACGAGCUGUCACUGCAGGCUAUCCGCGGGGACCACACCGUGACGAGCCCAUGAGCGCCAGGAGGUGAACACAGGGCGACUCCAGUGUUCCCUCAUCUCUGCAUGUGAAGCCCUGAGAGCUGCAAAAGUUUGGCCUUUGGACCUCCGAGUGGACACCUGUUAGCAAGCAUGGGCUAGGAUGGUGCAGACACUGACGUGGCCCUUCUAAUGCCUGAGAUGCCUCAUGAGUCAUUGAUUCAAGCCUUCCAAGGUUCUGACCCCGAAUGCCCACUCUGCUAGGCUGGCAUCAAAGAGGUUUCCAGGAAAUGUUUGGUCCAGCAGAGAAGUACAGACCAUGAACACCACAGAGCCAGAAACCAUCCAGAGAGAUGUUGCUUCGCUCCUCUGGCUGGGCCUGGGGAGGGGCCGGUGAGCCACGCCCUCAAGUCUCAAGCCCCACAUCCCCGUGCCUCUCCUCUUUUCUCAGUACCGACCACGUUUCUCUUCGCUCCUGCACCCGUGGACCCUGAGGACAGCGGCAGCGCUUUCCUCACCGCACACUGAGCCCAGCGCCUGCUCCUCACUGCGCACUUACUAGUGUCUGUUGAGUGAUUGAAUCACAUCCUCAGGUCUGCAACAAAUAAAUAAAGCUUGCUUUAUUUUUUGUUAA